CUAAAUUCUAUCGGUUUCGAUCUUUAGAGUUAGUUUAAAAGUCUAAGAAAUAUACUGACUCAUCGAUCGGAAAUAUAAUCCGAUAAUUUCCCGAAUUGUAACUCCACAAAGGCUAUUGUAUGUCAAAAUAUUGAGCAGUCUACUAAUAUUAGUUCGCCAUAUUGGGUGUGAAGAGUUCAAAUAAACGUUAACGUAUUGUAGAAUAUAUUAUAAUUUAAAUUGUAACGUAUUUAUUGUAUAAUAAUUGAUAUUCGUGAUCAAUAAUGGGUAAAAAAAAAGGAAAGAAGCAACCCAAGCAAAGUAUAGAUUCUCCAUCUGCUGGUCCAUCUAAUCCUUCAGAACAAAGGCAGCAAGAAGAACAAUCGUCAGCACGUAGCGCACAUGAGAGAGAUCAACAAUAUGGAAGUGGUGAAGGAACUCAAAAUGCACCAAAAAAAAAUAUAUCAAAAAAGAAAGGUCACCGUACGUUUACAACAUUCCAAUUUCCAUUAUCAUCAUCAUCACAAUCAUCAUUACCAUCAGAAUCAUCAACACCAUCAGAACCGUCAUCGUUAUCAUUAUCAUCACAGUCAUUUCCAUCAUUACCAUCGUCAUCAGAACCACCAUUGAAAAAACCACUAUCGUUUGCUUCAUUACUAACGUCAAAGUCAUCACAACAAUCACAAUCACCACUGGAACAAUUGCCAUCGUCAUCACAACAACCACAAGCACCGCAAGCAUGGCAAAAGCCAUCACAACAACCACAGCAAGCAUUGCAACAGCCAUCAGAACAACCGCAACAGCCAUCAGAAGAACCACAGCAGAAAUCGCAACAGCCGUUAGAAGAACCACAACAAAAAUCGCAACAGCCAUCAGAAGAAUCACAGCAAAAAUGGCCGCAGCUGUCAGAACAACCACAGAAAAAAUCGCAACAACCACAACAAGCAUGGCAACAGCCGUCGGAACAACCGCAACAAGCAUGGCAACAACCAUCGGAACAACCGCGACAAGCAUGGCAACAACCAUCGGAACAACCGCGACAAGCAUGGCAACAGGCAUCGGAACAACCGCAACAAGCAUGGCAACAGCCAUCGGAACAACCGCGACAAGCAUGGCAACAGCCAUCGCAACAACCGCGACAAGCAUGGCAACAGCCAUCAGAACAACCGCAACAACCGUUAGAAGAACCACAGCAAAAAUGGCCGCAGCUGUCAGAACAACCAGAGCAAAAAAUGCAACCGCCGUCACAACGAUCACAGAAAAAAUCGAAAGAAAAGUCACAACAACCACCACAAAAAUCGCCACAGCCGUCACAACAACCAUUACAAUUAUCACCAUCACAAAUAUCACUACCAUCGUCGUCAUCACAACAAUCAGAAUCGUCACCACAAAAAGCAGAAUCAUCUGAAGAAGGAAAAUCGCCAAUACCAUUUUCUGUAGUACAUGAAAAGUUAACAAAGUCUGUAGCUGGUCAGUUGGCACUUAGUAUACCUACAAGAAAAAAUCCUUCCGCAAGUGGAACACGUGGUCGACCUAUAACAGUUGAAGUCAAUGUAAUGGCAUUGGAAUUUAAGAAUUUAAAAACAAAUGUUACUCAAUAUGAUGUAACAAUUACUCCUGAUAAGCCCAAAUGUUUAAUGAGACUUGUUUUUGAAGAAUUUAGAAAGAAAAGGUUUCCAAAUCGACACCCUGCAUAUGAUGGAAAUAAGAUUGCUUAUAGUGCGAAUGAUCUACCAUUUCCUACAUAUAUAAAUGAUGAAAUUACAAUUUUUGAAAAUGGUCAAGAGAGAAUAUUUCAAAUUGAAAUGAAAAAAGCUACUUCUAUAGAUCUUUCAUUUCUAAGAAGUGUAAAACCUGGAUUUAAUGAGUCAUUGGGAACUCAGUCUGGAAUACAAGCUCUUGAUGUCAUUUUGCGCCAUGGACCUUUGUCAUUUUGUUUUCCGAUUGGAAGAUCAAUAUUUUGGCAACCAACGGGUAGGUCAGAAUCUUUGUCAAAUGGUAUGGAGUUGUGGAUAGGUUCAUUCCAAUCUGCUAUAUUAGGAUGGAAACCUUUACUUAAUAUAGAUGUUGCACAUAAGGGUUUUCCCAAAUCUCAAAAUGUUAUGGAUCUAAUAAAAGAACUUUGUUUACGUGGAGAAAACAGAGAUAUUACUUUAAGUGAUGUAAAUCAGAAUCAAGAAAAAAUAAAAAAAUUUUUAGUUGGAUUAAAAGUUCAGUAUGUAAUACCGAACAUACCAUCGUCGAAGCGAACACAAGUAGUGCGUGGUUUCGCUGAAUGUCCAAGAAUAAAUGUAUUUUCACGUGACGAUGGAACAUCGAGUACUAUUGAGAACUAUUUCAGAAGAGAGAAAAACUAUAUAAUACGUUAUCCUACUUUGCCUUGUUUGUGGAUAGGGCCAGAAACUAAAAAGAUAUAUGUACCUCCAGAGCUCUGUACAAUAGCACCUGGACAAACAAUUCGAAGGAAAAUGGACGAAAUACAAACUUCGAAAAUGAUAAAAUUAGCAGCAACAUCUAGUGACAGACGAAAAGAAAAGAUAAUGGAAGGUUUUCGAGCUUUGAAAAUAAAUGAUCAUCCAACUAUGAAAAAGGAAUUUAAUCUUUCUGUAAAAUCAGAAUUUGAAAGAGUACCAGCUAGAGUAUUAGACGCUCCUAAAUUGAAUUAUAAUAAUAACGAUAUUGUAUCUGUAAUGAAGGGUGUUUGGAGGGCGAAGAAAUUUCUUAAUCCAAGUACUUUACUUGAUAAGCAAUGGACUAUUUUAAAUUUAGUUGAUAGAAGAAUAAAAGACAGAGACAUGUACCGCUUAUGCGAUAUGCUGCGAGAGGGUGCAAGAACAGUUGGUAUGUUUAUGGGCGAUGCUUUAAAACCAUUUCAAUAUUGUAAUAAUCAUCUACAAGCUUUAUUAAUGUGUUUUGAUCAAUUGAAAAAAAGUGGAGUGAAACUUAUUAUAGUUAUUAUAUCAGACUAUAAUGACUCAUAUAGUAACGUGAAACAAGUUAGCGAGUUACGAUUAGGUAUGCUUACACAGUGUAUUAAAUCUGUAACUGUUGAAAGAAAAUUGAAUCCAGCAACCAUAGGAAAUAUCCUUUUGAAAAUAAAUUCUAAACUUAAUGGCGUGAAUCAUGAAAUUUGUGGUCAUGUUAGACCUUCUAUUUUAUCUCCGGAUUGUAUUUUGAUCGGUGCUGAUGUAACCCAUCCAUCACCAGAUUCUAAAAAUAUACCUUCUAUAGCUGCAGUUGCUGCAAGUUGUGACAGAACUGCAUUUAGAUAUAAAAUCGAAAUUCGCCUACAACAACCAAGACAAGAAAUCAUUAGUGAUUUUGCGGACAUUGUUAGAAUAUUAUUAAGAUAUUAUUAUAAAUGCACGGGAAUUCAACCAAAGAAAAUUAUUAUUUAUCGUGAUGGCGUAAGUGAAGGACAGCUAACCCAGGUACUGCAUCACGAAUUAACAGCCCUUAAACAUGCAUUUCGAUCACUUUCUAAGGAUGAUUCUUAUCAUCCUUCAGUCACUUUUCUUGUGGUGCAAAAAAGACAUCAUAUACGAUUCUUCCCUACGGAUAGAAGAAAUACAGAUGAUAGAAACUUUAACGUGCAAGCUGGUACCAUCGUAGAUACACAUAUAACACAUCCUAGUCAUAUUGAUUUUUAUCUUGUAUCACAUGCAAGCAUUCAGGGAACUGCACGACCUACCAAAUACAAAUGCGUAUUUAAUCAAUUAGAUAUGACAGAGGAUCAAAUCGAAGAACUUACAUAUUAUUUGUGUCAUAUGUUUGCGCGUUGUACAAGAUCAAUUAGUUAUCCAGCACCAACAUAUUAUGCUCAUUUAGCAGCAUUUCGAGCUAGAGCAUUUAUACAAAAUGUACCAAUAGAGCUAAGCAAAUUGCAAGAUGAACAAGUAAAAGUAAAGGUGGUAUUAAAUGAUGAUGUUCCGAUGUUUUAUGUCUAAAAAUUAUAUCAAUAUAUACAUGUAUGCAGAAGAAAAAUUUAAUUAAUAUUUCUUAUAAUAUAUUUCAGUAUCACAGAGUUUUUAUUUUUGAUGUUUUAUUCUUUAUGAAUUUUUGAUGUAUUAACAAAUUAAUUAAAACUAAAAUGUAUUACAAAGUAAUAAGGGAAAACAAUAAGGGAAUAGUUCGUAGAUUUUAAUAUUGACGUGAAAAUAUACGUAUAUAUAUAUAUAUAUAAGGAAACUUAUAUCUUAUUAAUUGUAAUGUAUUGCUAUAAAUUAAACUGAUUUGACAUAAUAAAAAUUGAAUGUACAACCCAUGAUAUGGGAUAA